GUGGUGCCGCUGCCGGAUGGGAGUGCCCCCGCGUGUCCGUGUCGCAGGAGCUCGGCACAUGCACGAUGUCAUCAUGCGUCUCUAGCCAGCUCAGCAACGACCGGGCCGCCCCCCAGGAUGAGCUGGGGGGCGGAGGCGGCAGCAGCAGCAGCAGCGAAGGCCAGAAGCCGUGUGAGGCCCUGCGGGGCCUCUCUUCCCUGAGCAUCCGCCUGGGCAUGGAGUCCUUCAUCGUGGUCACGGAGUGUGAGCCGACCUGCGCUGUGGACCGCGGCCUGGCCCGGGACCCGCCUCUGGAGGCCGACGGCGGAGAGGUCCCCCUCGACGUCUCCGGGUCCCAGCCCCGGCCUCACCUCUCCAGUCGCAAGCUCUCUCUACAGGAGCGGUCCCAGCUGGAUGCGAAUGGGCGCUGCGUCUACCCGGGCCUGCCCCACUCGCCCGUGGGCUCCCCGCAGUCCUCGCCGCGGCUGCCCCGGCGGCCCACGGUGGAGUCGCACCACGUCUCCAUCACCGGGAUGCAGGACUGUGUACAGCUGAAUCAGUACACUCUGAAGGAUGAAAUUGGAAAGGGCUCCUAUGGCGUGGUCAAGUUGGCCUACAAUGAAAAUGACAAUACCUACUAUGCAAUGAAGGUGUUGUCCAAAAAGAAGCUGAUCCGACAGGCGGGCUUUCCACGUCGCCCCCCACCCCGAGGCACCCGGCCAGCCCCCGGGGGCUGCAUCCAGCCCAGGGGCCCCAUUGAGCAGGUGUACCAGGAAAUUGCCAUCCUCAAGAAACUGGACCACCCCAAUGUGGUGAAGCUGGUGGAGGUCCUGGAUGACCCCAAUGAGGACCAUCUGUACAUGGUGUUUGAACUGGUCAACCAAGGGCCUGUGAUGGAAGUGCCCACCCUCAAACCGCUCUCUGAAGACCAGGCUCGUUUCUACUUCCAGGACCUGAUCAAAGGCAUUGAGUACUUACACUACCAGAAGAUCAUCCACCGGGACAUCAAACCUUCAAACCUCCUGGUCGGAGAAGAUGGGCACAUCAAGAUUGCAGACUUUGGUGUGAGCAACGAGUUCAAGGGCAGCGAUGCCCUCCUCUCUAACACCGUGGGCACGCCUGCCUUCAUGGCGCCAGAGUCGCUCUCGGAGACCCGGAAGAUCUUCUCUGGGAAGGCAUUGGAUGUUUGGGCCAUGGGUGUGACGCUGUACUGCUUUGUGUUUGGCCAGUGCCCGUUCAUGGAUGAGCGGAUCAUGUGUUUACACAGUAAGAUCAAGAGUCAGGCCCUGGAAUUUCCAGAUCAGCCCGACAUAGCUGAGGACUUGAAGGAUCUGAUCACCCGCAUGUUGGACAAGAACCCAGAGUCGAGGAUCGUGGUGCCUGAGAUAAAGCUGCACCCCUGGGUCACGAGGCACGGGGCGGAGCCGUUGCCAUCGGAGGACGAGAACUGCACGCUGGUCGAGGUGACCGAAGAGGAGGUCGAGAAUUCGGUCAAACACAUUCCCAGCCUGGCGACCGUGAUCCUGGUGAAGACCAUGAUACGAAAACGCUCCUUCGGGAACCCGUUUGAGGGCAGCCGGCGGGAGGAGCGCUCAUUGUCAGCGCCUGGAAACCUGCUCACCAAAAAACCCACCAGGGAGUGUGAGCCCCUGUCUGAGCUUAAAGGGGACAAAAAAAAAAAAAGACUCGACUCCAUGACAUCAACCUUGGCCGCUGGCUGGCUGAAUGGGCGGGUGUGAGGAGUUGCAGACCCAAAGCCACGUGCAUUUGGGAACUACUGCUUUUUAAAACGUUUUUAUGCCAAAAAUCCUUCCUUGUGAACUCAGAAUCAUGUCGGGUAUACCAACUGAAUGUGUGUGGGGUUUGAAAAUCGGGAAGAGGUAGCAGAAAACUCUGGUGGUGUGGUCUGAGACCACACUUGCUGCAUUUGAAAGAGAGAGGAGGAGAGGGUGUGACUUCGUGCAAAACCCCAAACCUCAAAACCCAAACUGUGGCACCUUCCAGAACUGUGGACUCCAGGAGUCAGGAUAGGGCUAGCCCUCAGUAGCUGCAGAGAGCUUCCAUGCAACUUAUUUGUGAGGAGGACUUUAAAUUUUUUUAACAAGUAGAGUUGUAGUUAGGAAAACAGAAAGGGCUUGAUGUUUAAUAGCUUCUUUGCAGAGGGGAUUUUCCAGCCGCAGAAGGGCAUUCGGUGGUUGUGAUGGGAUAGGUUUGCCCUAAAGGACUGAACACGUUUGUGUCUUUAUGAUGGCCACUCAAUGCUGAAGUUUUUCUUAAAUAGUUGACGGAGCUCUGGUAAAUCUCUUGUUAAAUUACAAAAACUUCAGGGUGAAAUCCUACACUUCCAUGUACAUUACAUGGCUUAAGAGUAAACAACCACAAAGAAAUACUUUGAAUUCUCUAACUAGUCUGAACUCCAGAGCAGUUCCUUUAGAGCUGCCAAGAUACAGCCCACGGCUUCAGGUAUGUGAUUGGAGUUAGAGCCAGUGAACUCUAUGCCUGUAUAUUAGCAGCUCAGUUUGUUUAUCACCUGUGUAUUCUAGAGACUGCUAAGGUUUUGUUUUCUUCUUAAAUACUAGCUGAUUGUUGUCGUCAGUGAAACACUUAUCCAGUUUCUGGAUGGCCAGUUAGGAGAUACUUUCAUUUAACCAAGGUAAAAAUAACCACCCUUACCAGCAAAGCUCUGUUAGAAUCUGUACAAUAACUUUGGGGCACCCUUUUAGAGAUUGUUGAAACAUAGAGUAGUCCUUGGGGUCCAAGGGAACCAGGACUUGGCACCGGAAGUUCCCUUUGGUAGCCGAAAGUCCAGAAGAAAAGGUUUACCUUUUUGACUUCCAACUAACAUUGAGAGGUGUGGUUGCAGUUUAAAUGCAACUUCUUCCAGAGCCGCACGUGGGUGAGUGUGAAGUUCAAGAGGGAGGAAAACCGGAAGGACUUUGCCUUGGGGGCUGUGCUUUGUGGAAUCUGACUUGGGGGAGACAGUGUCAGUAAUUGGGCUCAGAAGGACGUGCCUUCCCGUAGUUUCUGUCUGAUCAGCCUUGGUAUGAGGACUUUUUGCAGAGAGACAGAGACAGGCCACGUGCCGCCUGCCCCACGCAUUCACAGAGCCCGGGCAUUCUUGGCUUCCAUCCAUCUUCAUAAGCUCUUGAGUGUCAUUUAGCCAGGCUUUUCUUGCUAUCUUAUAAGCAGUACCGAAUGAGGGAGUGCUGGUUUCCAAGAGCAAAGAACACCCAUCUGAUGGAGGGUCCUCUGGCCUGCUUGCUUGCUUUCUGUGACCUAGUACUUCCUCCUGCCUCCUGUGCUUGUUUACCUUUUGGGCUCUGCCCCUUCUGGGAGCAAGUGGGGUCUGGUUAGUUUGCAACAAGCACCUUGCCAUGGUUCAAGCUGCCCAGCCCUUAGUCUCAGCGCCCCCUUGUCGGUGUGGACUCCGGCCUGGCCGAGGGGCCCGCCCGGGGAGGGCAGGCAGCAGGCAGCAGGCAGAGCCUCUUCAGAAGCCCUCCUGUGUUUACACAGCUGCAUGGGGCAGUGCCGUGUCUCCCAGCACGCAACUCUCCAUCUGAGAUUUCAUAUGGGAAUGCUAGUGAUCAGGCAGCACCCAGUUGUUUAGGUGGGUGGGCUGGGGGAGGCCCGUGUUCAUUACUUUUUUUUUCCACCAAGAAACACCAGAGAAGGCUGUGGAAAGGAAUCGCCCCACCGUGAGAAGUAUAAACAGAGAGAGCAUGUAACAUAAAGCAUUAGAGCUACUUGGAGC